CCCCGCCUCAUGCCCACUUCUUUUCCAGUACUAUUCGGAGUUAUACAUACAAAGCUACAGCCACCGCAGAGAAGGACAAAGAGUUGAAAGAAAGUGAAGUUGAAGGAAGUGAAGCGAAUAGAAGGACGGAAGAGGAUAGGGCAUUCGACGACCAGGGCGUCUUUCGAGAUCGACGUUUUAGACGCGGCUACUACUGUGCACUGCCAGAUACCUUCGUGGGCGAUCUACUUGUGAAAGCUGCACUGCGAAUAGUACGGAACGACUUGGGCUUCUUAAGCAAUACCGCACGACAAAGGACGUACAGGAGCGAGUGAGGGCAUAGCUGCCGCGACACGACAACAACGAGGAGGACGAUUCGAAAACUGACGCCAUGCCGAGCAGUACUACGAUUAGGAAUGCGGUGGCGCAGAUGAUGGGGAUAACGGGGGCGUCGGAGAGGGUGGCCAGCAGUGUGCUGAAGAAGCAUAAUUAUAAGCUUGAUGCUGCAUGUGAUGCGUAAGUGGAUCUGUGUUUCUUUUGUUUAUUUGCAAUGCUGGAGGAUGGGUGGUGGGAGAGAUGAGAUCGAGGAGGAGGAUGAGUGUGUUGCUCGUACUCGGACGAUUGAGCAUACGGGACCCCGCACAUGCGGAAGGAAGGAACAACCCGAUCUUCGAACAAAAGGAUGGAGGAGAAAAGAGCGACAGGAAUGGAACCUAGGUUUGAGAGGGCUGCUCUUUCCAUUUGGCUUGGUGGUGGAGCGAAAACAGGCUAUGAUGCAACAGAAGCUGGGAAGGGAAGCUGCGACGCCGGCACAGGACCCAGGACGGAAGCUACGACGGGAGGUGGCAACCAUGAUAUGAACCGGAGGAAGCUACGAUGGUGGCUGCGGCCAUACCAUAAACAGAGGAAGCGACGAUAGUGACUGCGGCCAUAUCGAGAACCAGAGAAGCUACGACUUGACUACAGAGAUAUCGACAAAUGGGGAAAGUACGAUGAUUCCCUCACGUCCUGAACUGAGGGAAACCACAACAAUGGCACAGGUCAAAAUUCGGUGAACUACCCAGGACGCAAAGUGACUCAGGUCUGGACCACAUAUUUUUAUCGACCCAUGCUUUGUCAGUUAUAUGCUGGCUGAAAGAGGGGACAGGACUCGCAAAUCGCAGAACUGCACGACGCACGGCGCAAUUGAUCUUGGAGCGCAGGAGCAGGAGACACAUUCGUCGGUACAGGCGUAAGGAAUUUGACAAACACCGCGCUCUGGUGAAGACUCAGGGAGCACCCCAUGAAGCGUCAUGGUUGACCCGAAGGGAUUAAAGAGGCUGUUCAGCGAUGUACUGCAGGAACAGGAGGAACUCCUUGAGAACAGUGAGGUUAUUCUCGAUUCGGAGUCACCUUCGGAAUUUGCUUCGAGGGUCUAUGGCGACCAACCGGAAUCACAAUCGCGAAAGCGACGGCGUGCUUCCAUACCAGAGCAAACCGAGCUCAACGCCAACAUCGCCCGCUUUGAUCAUAUCCCUCAGGACGAAACAAGUUUCAAUCCCACUGCAGCUUCCUUGCCUCCGAACCAACUUGUACCCCCUUCAAAUCUGACCGCCAGGCCGGUUUUUCCACACCGGACUUUACCACUGCCAGUUCCAACUGCCGCGCCGCGACACGACCCAUUUACCGCUGCCACGAAUGCGCUGUCACGCCCAGCGCCACCUCCAAAUUCCUUGGGAAUACCCUCUCCACAUACGGGGCUGUCUCAACCACCAAGGACCCAUCCAUAUCCUUCAAACAUGGUAUCAGCAACUCCUGAAAACGAGGGAUCGCACAGGACCCCGACUCGUACACCACUGCCAACUAUGCCAACUACGCAGGUUGUACCUCCGACUGCUCAAGAUACAUGGUUAGGAGUUGUAUUACAAUCGACGGAUCUUUCUAUACAUCAGCCGAGAGCCCGAUCUGUUAGUAUGCCACACGUUUUGUCUUACGGAUCAAGUUCGAGCCUGGAACCUCGAGUAGAGGGUGCUGUUGCGGUUGCGGAUGAAGUUGCGGAUGCAGUUGCGGAUGCAGAUGUAGACGCUGUUGCGGAUGCGGAUGCCCAACCAUCGACACUUCAAAAUGCUGACCCAACUUUGCCGAGAGCGCAAUCAUUAUCACCAUUUCAAAAUGCCCGCCUAUAUCGUCAAAGAGCGCAAUCGUCGCCUUUGUCGAUGCGGGGCGGGGCAUUAUGGACAGCUGCCUCGACUCCUUAUCAGAAUGGUCAGACACCUGUCCAAAAUACCCCACUCCCAUUUCAGCAUGGCCAGUUUUACUAUCAGAAUGGCUAUUCUCAGGAUGCUCAGCCUUGCUCUCAGAAUGACUACGUCCAGAAUGCCCAGAAUUACUCACAGAAUGGCUACGUUCAGAAUUGCUACGCUCAGCCGUACGAUCAUAAUCGUUUGGCUUUGUUCCAGAAUUACCCAAGUCACUUUCCGAAUUAUUCGCUUCCAUUUUCACACUCCAGCGGGGUGACGGCUCGGCAAGCCUCCCGUUCUCCAAGCAGUGGGGGUUAUAGUUCAAGCAGUGGAGGUCAUAGUUCUCCAAGUCGUCGAAGUUAUAGUCCUCCACCAGCUCCUCGUCGUCCUUAUCGGGAACGGAUAGCCCCUAGUUCACCAGUCCCUGUCGUGCCGCCCGUUUUAGGUUGGCUUUCCAAGCAAGAGCAACUAUACUAUGCCUCAGGCGGCAAGCCGGCCGUUGCUCCUACUCCAGUCGAAGAUAAGUCGCUGGCAAGUUUGAGUAACUUAUUCGAGAAAUACAGAGGGUCGGAUGAUGAAAAAGAUUCCAUCAGCGUUGACGGCACGAUGGCAUAUCUCACAGACCUCGCUGUUAAUCUCGAAGAUGCUUCGUCCCUCAUUCCACUAGAAAUUGUCCAGGCUCCGGCAAUUGGGGAGAUGACGAGAGAUGGGUUUGUAAAGGGCUGGCAGAAGGCUGGAGUCGACUCUAGAAGCACGUUAGACACAAUACCCAAGCAAAAAGCAUACAUAGCUAGCCAGACAAAACUCCUCUCCUCCGACACCGCCCUUUUCAAGCGUGUCUACAAACACACCUUUGUCUGCUCCAAAGAGCGUAGUCAGAAAGCGCUACCUCUCGAGAACGCCCUUGUGUACUGGGAGAUGCUCUUCUCAAGCCCUGGCAUGUGCUGGGCUUCUGGGACGACGGACUGGCUGAAGCUGUGGCUCGAGUUCCUGAACGCCAAGUGGACGAAGACCGUUAAUAAGGACAUGUGGAACCAGACGCUUGAGUUCUUCACCAAGAGCAGGGAAGACGAGACGAUGAGCUUUUGGUCUGAGGAGGGUGCGUGGCCGAGCGUCAUUGACGACUUCGUCGUCUGGGUCCGAGAGAAGAGGGGCGGCGGAGCAGUGGCAGAUAAUAUGGAGACGGAUUAAGGGGUUCUCGACUCUCGAGUAAUAAGGUAUUUGAGGCUGGGCUGGUUAUGAUGCAAUGUGGCAUAUGCUCAUGAUGAACAUAUUUCCUUUGCGGUCGAGCGAGCAUUCGAGGCGUCUCAUGGGUAAUGCGCAGGGGGGAGGUCCUAUUCUAGAUGACAGUAUCGGUAAACAGUUGCCAGAUCAUUAAGACGAAGUACUGCUAAGUGAAUGCUGAGUUUAUAAAUCGAAUCCCAUUCGCCAAUAAUGCACAUAAUAUACAGCCAGUCUUACAAUAUCUUUGCAAGCAUUCCCACGCUCUUUGUCUUCCC